UUCUCGCCUUGUUAUAACAAUUCACCAACCACUUAAUCCUCGCUGACCCUAGCUGUGCCGUCUACAAACUCGCCAUACAUACACACACCCUCACUACUACUUGACCAUACUACUUACUGGCUGACGUGAUGACAAGUUGUCCAUGAAGGGUCUCGUUUUCGGUCUUUUUCUGUUAUUUCUUGGACCCGGUGAGUGCUCGUUUCAAGAAAAAUGCGAUAUUAAGGGUGCAAAGAACACAUAUCUUUGGUCGGUGAAGCACCCGAAGGCAAGCUGCAAAGGUUUUUUGUUUGGAACUAUUCAUGUGCCUUACACACAAGUGUGGGAUCAAGUAUCCGAUCGCGUUCGUGAGGCAUUCUCCUAUUCUGACACGGUGAUGUUGGAAAUAGAUUUACAUGAUGAGGACACCGUACGGCAACUGAUCCGAUGCAAAAAUCUCAGGCGAAAGCAGACGGUUGCUAGUUAUUUGCAUCCAAGCCUCUAUCAACGCAUAAAAGACUUAAUGAGCAGGUUUCGACACGGGUUGCUGACUCUGGUUCAAUCGCAGGGGAUGCAUAGAUCUCAUUUGUACAAAAAAGUCAAGGAAACUUAUGAAAAUCUAGUUGGUAACUGGGAUCGGAAACGUCCCGAAUGGUUGCUGUUCACUUUGUACCAACUUUGUGAGAAUCACAUCGAUCGACCAACAGCUCCAACACUGGAUGUAUUUCUAGCUAAUAAAGCAUAUGACGAAGAGAAACGAAUUGAACCUAUUGAAACCACACAAGAGCAGUGCAAUCCAAUAAAAUCACUUACCAAAGAAGAAAUACUUUUCGCAAUCAACUACACUACGGCUUACUUGGAGCACCUACAAAUCACUGAACGGCUAUUCGUCAUCAAUACUGAGCGGUCCAUAUCAGCCCUGGUGAAAGGCUAUAGAUGUGGAAACCUUGAUGAGAACUACUUCCAUUUAUAUGAGUUGCGAACAGUUGGAUUUGAUACUGGGGCGGAGGAGCGAGCCUUGGCGCAUAAGAUCGAUCGUCAGCUUCGAGACGACAUAAUUGCUAAGCGAAAUGAACGAAUGGCUAAUCGAAUCAAUACUUUCUAUAUGAGCAAUCCUCAUCUCACAAUCUUUUCCGCUUUUGGAUCAGGGCACUUUUUUGGGAACGAUAGCGUUCUUCAUCACCUCCAACGGCUGGGUUAUAUUGUCGAGAAUAUAAGGGAGCAUGACGUGAUAAUCCCUCCACUAAAGCUCAGCAAUACUUCCAAAUUUAAUUCAUUGUGGCUACGUGAUCAUCCUGCACUACAAAGCGUUUCGGUUGAAGUAAUUGAAGGAAGUUCGUCGUCGAACUUGUUGUAUUAUAUGAUUGUAAUCUCCCUCAUUCGAAUAUGUUGAAUUUAUUAUGAUGUACAACCAUUUCGAUCCGACAUUUAUUAGAAAGAAGCAAAAGCACUUGCUAGUUGUCAUUUGCAGUUAUUGUAUAGCAUUUUUUUAGAUAGAUAACAACACCGAUACGCUACAUAAAAACUG